GCUGGGACUGCAGCGCUGGGAGCCCAGAGAAAGCCGCCAAGCGAGGGGGCGGGGCUCUGGCGAGUUCCCCUUCCACCUUCCCCCACUCUUCUCUUCCAACCUCUGUUUGGCCCUAGUUGGAUUCCAGCCUUCGCUGCAGCUGCUCCCCAGCGAUUUGCAGGAACCAAACAACUGCAGCCGCUGUUCUCACGAUGGUGAUCCGUGUGUAUAUUGCAUCUUCCUCUGGCUCAACGGCGAUUAAGAAGAAACAGCAAGAUGUGCUUGGUUUCUUAGAAGCUAACAAAAUAGGAUUUGAAGAAAAAGAUAUUGCAGCCAAUGAAGAGAAUAGGAAGUGGAUGAGAGAAAAUGUGCCUGAAAACAGUCGUCCAGCCACUGGGUACCCACUGCCGCCUCAGAUUUUCAAUGAAAGCCAGUACCGUGGGGACUAUGAUGCUUUCUUUGAAGCCAGAGAGAAAAAUGCAGUGUACGCCUUCUUAGGCUUGGCAGCACCACCUGGUUCAAAGGAAGCAGAAGCCCAGGCAAAGCAGCAAGCAUGAACCUUAAACAAUCUGUCUUACGUAUCCUGAAAAAGGAGUCUUCAUUACUUUCAUAAACAAAAUUAUCUUGGCUUCAAAAGAUAUAGGUCCAAUGCUGAAAUAGUAGAUAAGUUGGCAUUUUCACGUGCAAUCAUUCAUAAUGAAUAUACCAUUAAAAUGUUAUUAUGAUGAGGACUGGUAGAUGAACAAAAUUUUUAAGUACACAUCAUGAAAUAAUAUUAUCUGCAAAGGCAUUUUGUGUAUUUUAAAGAGCAAACACCUGUCCACUAUUUUUUUUUGCAUUAUUAUUGCAGCUUAGCUUUAUCUGUAGCUAUAUGUUGAGGAAUUUAAAAAGGGGAGAAAGAAUUUGUCUCUUGUUGCCAAAUUGUCUCCUUAAUUUUAGUGAACAAGUUAUGUACCUUUUAGAUGUGGUAUUAUUCUGAUUAAAAAGUAGUUGCAGGUAAUGUUUAUGACAUGUCAAACAUUGUCAUUUCCCAUUCUUUUGUAGUUGACAUUUAUAUGUAUUGAACCCCAGGUUUUCCAGGCUUCUAAGUGUAUUGAUAGCUUUUCAUUGUACAUUUCAUUGAUUGAAACAGAGGAACACAGACACUCACAGAAACAAUAGAUUCAGUCAGUUGACAUGUUCUUUGCUUAACUACACAUCUGUGAUGGAAUCAUACUUCUAAGUUGCUUGCCCCACUGAAAUAUGUUUAAGUAUGUUAUAAAGAUAUAAAAUGGCAUCUUUUUGCAAAGACAUGAAACUUAAUUAACUAUAAUAUGUUGGCAUUAAUUAAUUAAUUGUCCAAGAUUGGUUUUCAUAGGGUCUUAUUUUUUUCUUUUUUGAGGUAACAUUGGUUUACAAUAUUGUGCAUAAUUUAGGGUUAUAAGUUCACACCUCUUUAGGUGUAUGUUACCACACCAUGCCCACCACCAAAGCAUCAAUAAUCUCUUACCAUAGGCCACUGGAUCCUCUUCCCACUUAUCUCCCUACCUCAACCUCUGCUUUUAGUAGCCUCAAUUCUGCAGUCAUGUUACUAGAAUUUUUUUUCAUUUGCUUUUGUUUUUUUCUCUGUCUAUUUCUCUAUAUUCCAAAUACAAGUGAAAUCACCUGGUAUUUGUUUUUCACCUUCUGUCUUAUUUUGUUUUGCAUAAUCCCCUCCAGUUCAUCAUACUGUUACAAAUGACAAGAUUUCAGUUUUUGUUUUUUAUAGCUGAGUGGUAUUCUGUUGUAUACUAUAUCUUCUUUAUCCACUCAUGUGUCAUUUAACACUUUGCUUAAAACAGUCUUAGUGUUUCUCCCAUUUUAAAACAACUUGUGAUCACAAAUGUCACUUUCCCUCAGAUAUUUGAACUUUUUGGUUAAGUCCAGCAUAUGUUGUCAGUCUACAUUAAGAUAAAAUAUUUUUUCUAUGCCUCUAUUCCAGUGCACAAGUAUCAGAUAAAAGGGACCAUUUUUAAAAUGUUAAUUUGAUGUCAUCUAAGAAGACAAGAAACAUUAUGAACUAAGUCACUUACCAAUAAGAUGCACAUAUUGUAUGUUAGUUCCACAUUAGUUCAUUACUAAGACUAAACACCUUUUACUUUAAAUUGCUUUAUUGUAUCAUUUGAUGUAUGCAAGUCUGUCCUCUGCCAAAAUCAACAUCUAGUGAAAACAUGACUGUGUUUAUUGAGAAUCCAAUUUGUGAUGCUUUAAAAUAAACUUUAAAAAUAAACGCUGCACUUU